AUGGUAGCAGCUAACAUGUUGGAUAAGCUCCCUUUAUUUGUCAGCUCAAAUAUGUCCAAGAUACCUAAUUUCGAAAAAUGUUUUCAAAUAAAUUUUGAAAUAUUGAAAAACGAAGUUAGAGACAUGUUGAACAAACAACAUGUUAAUAUCUCAGCUUUCAUAGAAAAGUGCAGCGAAGAAUUUGCCGCGCUGAAAGGGAAAACAAACUAUGUAGAGUGCAAUUUAAAAGGUAUAAAAAAUCGUAACGACUGUAAUAAUGAAAAUUUGAAAUUGAAUACAGCUGCAAAUAAUGAUUUGAUGCAAAAACCAAUUUUAUGGUCUGAUGCAGUUAAAAUACCAGCUGAGGUAAAUGUGCUGCCACUUACAGAUAAAAUACCAGUUGAGGUAGAUGCAUCACCAUUCACUGUUGUAAACAGACCGAGGAAAAGCAAAAAAAAAAAUAUUCCUGAAAUGAAGAGUGAUGAAAAUAUCGUUAACACCGAAACUGGAAAAAAGAAAAAAGGUGUCAAAAAGAUAAUUGGAAACAAAGAUAGUGAAGAUUGUAAACUGAAGGCGAAUAAGAUUUUGAUUAAAAAAUCUUUCUUUUCAGUAAGUAACGUGAUGAAGUGUCACAGAGAUGAUGUAGUUGAAUAUCUAAAGUCAAAUGAUAUUAAUGUGUUAUCGUGUUACCCAGUGCUGAAGCGUUCAGAAAUGGCAAACGAUAGCACACCUGAUAUUGAAAAUGAGCAUUCAACAAUGUUUCGAGUUUGUGUAGAAUAG